AGUACAAUAACAAUUUGUACAACCUGAAUUAUAACAUGGAGGAUAACGAGCGGCGCAAAAGACGCGAACGCGAGAAAUAUGAACGCCAACAGGGCAUACAGAGCGAUGAUCGUGAGACUAGUCUAUUUGGUGAGCCGCGCCGCCUCAAUCCCAGCGAGGGCGAUGCGGAAAUAACGGCCGCCCUUGGCGAAUUCAUCGAUGCCCGGGACCAUAUGAACUCUUCCACGGUGGGAAUCUACAGGCAUGCCAGCACGAAUGCCCCCAGUUCGCGUCUGCCGGCGCUCUCGUUCGGUGGCAGCUCGUUGGCCAACUCCUACUCAUCGUCAACCGCCUCCGUGAACCCAGCUGCGUCAUUAGCUUCCUCAUCCGCCUCGGUGCCUGGCCAGCUGCCCACAUCACAGCAGCAGCAGCAGCAACAGCAGCAGCAGCAGCAGCAACACUAUCAACAGCAGCAGCGGGCGCCCACCUAUCUGAAGCAGGCGGAUAAUAAGCCGCCCUACAAUGGGCGUGGCGGCUAUCCCGGGCAGCCCAUGAAGAAUGACAUACCCUCGAGUAGCGGCAUGGCGCCGCCACGUGGACCGCCCAGAUCGUCAUCAUCUGCCAGCCAGAGCAACAGCAACAGCAACAGCAUCAACUCGUCCAGCGCCACAAACAAUGCCACAUCGGGGGCGACGUCAGCGUCCAUGUCCUCGCCCCUCGGCCCGCCCCUGUCCACGCAAAUGCCGAAUGGCCGCGAGAAAUCGUUUCUGGGGCCGCCGGCGCCGGCGCUGCCCAACGGCGGACGAUUUGUGCCGCCAGCGGCCAGCAGUAAGCGGCCAAGCAAUAGCGUUGGACUGCAGCCACCGCCACCAGAGAAGGAUAUUAGCAAAAUAAUCACCGAAAUGACCAACAAUUAUCGCGUGACCCCGCUAACCUCAAUUGCGGCCACGCCGCACGCUCCCAUGUCCGAGAACUACAAUCUGAAUGGGCCCAAUAAGUUUAAGUAUGCAUUUGAUUCCAUCGGCCCCCUCAACUCACCGCCGGCGGCGAGCGCCUCCUCGCUGAUGACGCCGCUGCUGGCGCCCAUUGCGCCGAUCACCUCGCCCAUAGCGCCGCUGCUGACGACGCCGCCGCAGGCCAGCCAACUGCCUUUGCCGCUGGCACCGCUGGCGGGUGCCACAACGGUGCCGCCUGCCCUGGGGGGCAUGGCUGCUGUGGCGCCCAUCCAGCAGCUGAUGCCCACGCCUCCAAAGGCGUCGCCGACGCCGCCAGCGAUAAAGCCGAUGAAAACGGAAAAGAAUCAUUCGCUGGAGAAGCAGGACUCGUGGUAAGUGCGGAAGGGGAAGAAAGUAAUUG